AAAACACAUGCAUUUUUCACAAUAUAUAAACAUUCCCUCAGAAUAAGAGGAGCUGGGGCUGGUGAGGACGUGCAGGAGGAGCCUUUGAGGUGCCAGUGUUCAGCUGGUGGGCUGUGACUGUGUCAGAAGGGAAUUAAUUUGGAAAAGUCUCCAUCAAGUUUAAUUUUCAAUGUAAGAAAAUGCCCAGAUGAGCAGUAGAUGAGGGAAAGGAAGAUGCAGAAUGCAGAGGGAUGUGGAGACUGAAAUGAAUCCCUGUGUUGCUGAUGUUGCCUUUCCUUCCACAGCGUCCUGGCAGGACUGGGAGCUCUGGCUUGGAAGUGCCCCCCCCAGUGCCCAGUUUCACCCCCUAUGUGGACGAGUCAGCUGAGCCACAAAUGAUAUGUAGGUCGGCUUCCCCCACUGGCUGCUGUUCCAUUUUUCUCCAUAUUUGUGAAUCUCUUCUUUGACAAAUCAGAACACAAGGAUGAGCUGAAUGGGGUUGAACGCUUGAGUGAGGAUGCAAUUGUGACGGGCUCCUACAAGAACAAGACCCUUUGUGCCAACCCAGAGGACACGUGUGACUUUAACAGGGCUGCCCACCUGGCCUCAACGCCCUUUCACGGGGUGGGAGCUCAGAGAGUCCCUGCUCCAGCUUUCUCUCAGGUUGUUCAGCAGAUGGUGCCCAUGAGAAAAGUGCCCGUCAGCCUCUCGCUGUUCGUGAUCCUGUGGAUUCUCUGAGUGCCAAGGAAAGCACGGCAGCAGCAGCAGGAGUAGGAGCCUGUGAUGAGCUGAAUGGAGUUGAACGCUUGAGUGAGGUUGCAAUUGUGACGGGCUCCUACAAGAACAAGACCCUUUGUGCCAACCCAGAGGACACGUGUGACUUUAACAGGGCUGCCCACCUGGCCUCAACGCCCUUUCACGGGGUGGGAGCUCAGAGAGUCCCUGCUCCAGCUUUCUCUCAGGGUGAGCUGAAGGAAGAUAGUCCAGAAUCCAGGAGUGCAGCUCUGAAUCAGGAGACACCGGUGGGUGAAGAGGCAUUCAGUGAAGUUCUCAGUGUAAAGAAACUGAGGGAUACCCAAAAAGUGAAGUUUUCUGUGACACUAAAGUGGACCACAUCUCCAGUUGCAUGAGGAUUAAAGGAUAAGCGUUCAGGGUUGGAGGAGAGGUGGUCAUGUCCCAGGAGGACAGCCACGAGUGGGAGCUGAGCAAGGAGAAUGUGCAGCCCCUCAGGCAGGGACGGGUGAUGUCCAGCUUGCAAGAGGCACUGUCUCAGCAGGACUCUUCCAGCCACACUGCACUGCAGCUUAAAAAACAGGAGUUUGAAGCAGAAAUACGAUUUUACUCUGGAGAUGAUCCUCUGGAUGUGUGGGAACGGUACAUCAAGUGGAUAGAGCAGGCCUUCCCUGGGGGUGGCAAGGAUGGCAACCUGGCCGCACUUCUGGAAAGGGCAGUGCAAGCCCUCCACGGGCAGCAGCGAUACUACAAAGAUCCUCGCUAUCUGAAUCUCUGGCUCAAGUUUGGCGAUUGCUGCAACGAGCCCUUGGAUCUGUACAGUUACCUGUGGAGCCAGGAGAUCGGCACCACGCUGGCCGCGCUCUACAUCACCUGGGCAGAGGCACUCGAGGCCAGGGGCAGCUUCAGGAAAGCUGAUCUGAUAUUCCAGCAAGGACUCCAGCGCAAGGCCGAGCCUUUGGACAAACUCCAGGCUCAUCACAAGCAGUUUCAGGCCCGUGUUUCUCGGCAGACAUUACUGGCACUUGUGGAUACUCCUGAUGGAGACAAUAUGGGAUUGCUGGAAGUUGCAGAGCCUCAGAGAAUUUCUUUGGCAGAACUCAAAUGCAGAGGGAAGAGAGCCCCCAUCAAUCGUGUAGGAGAUGCAAUUAAAGUCAUCAACCCAAACAGAAGCUCCCAGCCUCAGGGCUCUCGACAGCUUCCAAAUGCUCCAAGAGUUGCUGUAUUUGAGGACAGUUCUGUCUCUGGACCUGAGAUGCCCACACUUACAGCAGGGCCAUGGCCAGCACCUACAGUUGGCAGGGGCAAGGAGAAUGAACGCAGAGCAGGACCGUGGAACUCUGGCAGGCGUCCUGGCAGGACUGGCAGCUCUGGCUUGGAAGUGCCCCCCCCAGUGCCCAGUUUCACCCCCUAUGUGGACGAGUCAGCUGAGCCACAAAUGAUGACUCCCUGUAAAAUUGAGCCCAGCAUAAACUCUGUGUUAAGUACUCGCAAACCUGAGGAGCGGGAGGACCCCCUGCAGCGAGUGCAGCAUCAGCAGCAGGAUGCUCAGGCCAAGAAGGAGAUGGUGAUGUACUGCAAAGAGAAAGUUUAUGCUGGAGUGGAUGAAUUCUCUUUUGAAGAGAUCCGAGCUGAAAUCUACAGGAAGAAAGCGAGAAAGAAAGAUGAGGAUGAAAUACAAGCCAUAGAACGGAAGAAGGAAGAAAUACAAAAGAAAAUUGAGGAGCUGGAAAAGAAAUUAAAGAAGAAAGAAGAGGACAAGCAGCAACAGCCACAUGAACAGGCAGCAGAGGUAAUGGCAGCUUCCACACCUUUGGGAAUGCAAGGAUUUUCUUUUCCCAGUGCAAAAGAAUAUGGGGAGAAACAGCCUCAGUCACAAAGUGAAUUCCAGGUCUAUGAAGAUACUCAGCUACAUAAACCAUCUUGUUCUGAGGGUGUAGAUCUGCUUCCCCCACCCGCUGCUGUUCCAUUUUUCUCUAUAUUUGAUGAAUCCUCUACUUUGACAAAUCAGAAUACAAGUUGUUCAGCAGAUGGUGCCCAUGAGAAAAGUGCCCGUCAGCCUCUCGCUGUUCGUGAUCCUGUGGAUUCUCUGAGUGCCAAGGAAAGCACGGCAGCAGCAGCAGGAGUAGGAGCCUGUGAUGAGCUGAAUGGGGUUGAACGCUUGAGUGAGGAUGCAAUUGUGACGGGCUCCUACAAGAACAAGACCCUUUGUGCCAACCCAGAGGACACGUGUGACUUUAACAGGGCUGCCCACCUGGCCUCAACGCCCUUUCACGGGGUGGGAGCUCAGAGAGUCCCAGCUCCUGCUUUCUCUCAGGGUGAGCUGAAGGAAGAUAGUCCAGAAUCCAGGAGUGCAGCUCUGAAUCAGGAGACACCGGUGGGUGAAGAGGCAUUCAGUGAAGUUCUCAGUGUAAAGAAACUGAGCCCCAUCAUGGAAGCAAGCCUGGAAGAUACUCACUCAUCAGGUGCUUCAGUCUCAGGAGGUUCUCUGUCCUCUGUUACACAAACAUCUGCUAUUAAAGACCUGCAGAUCAGUGAGAAACUGGAGCUGGCUCAGAGCUUGCCUGCUGAAGGGGUUACUGAUGAUGAUGUGGCUCAGUUCCCGUGGAGCCCUGAACAGCGUAAAAAGCUUUUAGAUUCUGUGCUGUCAUCACUGGCUGCUUCUCCAGAUUUUCACUUGGAGGAUGGAGCUCUGCCUCACAUGGAGCCUGAGAAAGAUGUUGAGCUGGGAAAUGAGACUUACUGCAUCAAAAUGGAAUGUUGGAACAAUGAAGAAUACAAGAUGCUUUUUGCCAUUCCAACUGGAUGCAUUUUCCAGUUGGAUGCAAAGGGAUUUGCAAUAAAGGUGUAUUCUCAGCCUGUGCCUUGGGAUUUUUAUAUCACCCUUGAGUUACAGAAGCGUUUGAAUUCUGACUUUGACCAGAGCUUCAGUGAGAAUUGCAGCUGUUACCUGUACCAGGAUGGCUGUGCCAUUGUGCACAAGGAUACAAAUUGCUUCACACUGAGGGAUAUUCUCUGUGACCGUAAGUUCAUCACAAAAGAAAUCAUCUUCGUGGUUGUUCAUGAUCUUCUGCAUGUGGUAGAGAAGCUGCACAAAGCUGAGAUUGUCCAUGGAGAUCUGAGGCCAGAGGUGUUCUUCCUGGGAGACAGGAUCUGCGAUGCCUUUUCUAAUGAGGAGGUGCCAAAUGCUCUGAAGGUGGUGGAUUUCUCUCACAGCCUGGAUUUGAGGGUACUGCCUCUAGUCAGCUUGCCCUAUAACUUUCCCACAGCUCAGACCCCUCAUGGACAGCAGCUUCUGGCAGAAAGUUCUCUUCCUUAUCAGGUAGACUUGGUUGGCAUUGCAGAUAUAGUCCAUUUGCUGUUGUUUGGGGACCAUAUCCAGGUCUAUCAGGAGAAUUCCAUCUGGAAAAUCAGCCAAGACUUAUCCAAGACUCCUGACAGUGAUUUCUGGAGUAAACUUUUUGAGAGAAUUCUGAAUGCAGAUGGUAAGUCCACAGUACCUCUGCUGAGGGAGUUAAGAGAAGAAAUCAGUGAAAUGUUUGACAGCUCUUUCAAAGAACGACUUUUGUUGACCUUAGCUGCUGUGGGAGAAACUUUCCUCCUGGUGAACUUCCAGUGACUUCAUAGAAAACAAACACAUUUUGUAUUCUAGAGAAGAAUUUGUUGUUGCUUUCUUAUGUUUUCAAAUGUAAACAUGAGAGUGAUUGGAGCCAUUUCUGCAAUACUUCACAUGGGACUUGCUCAAGAAUGUUUCUAUUGCAUGAGUGUAUGGAAAACCUCCUGAGCCUCUACAUGAACCUUUUUGUGUCGGAGCAGUUUGUGAGAGAAAAUUGUUUGUCCUAACUGCCACCUCCCCUUCUUGUACAGCUCCUUAAAAAUUUAACACCUAACUUGCACCACACUCUUUGAAAUGUCUUUGUCCUGCAUUCAGUUGGUCUUUUAUUGGUGUUUAAUCAAUAAAGUUGUGUUUUGGUAGCGAGUAUCAUA